GUCCUGUUCUCGGAUGGCGGCGGCCGUGUGCUGAGUGGUGUGGUGUGUGUCCAGUCCGGGCUGUGAUGGAUAAAGACCUGGUCCGGCAAUGUCUGAACUACCACGGCCCUGCCCUCCUGUCCUUACUGAAGUGCGAGCAGCAUGAGCACGCCGGCUUCAAGCAGCUGCUGGGGGACCUGUCCAAGUGGCCGCAGUACAGGAAGGAGAGAAAUCUUGAGAAUAUUGAAAUUCAACAGUUUAUUGCAAGGAAAGCUGAUCUUCUGUUUUCCGAGUCCUGGAAGUCCACUUUACAAGAAAAUACUGAGUCACAUGAACCAGCAGAAGGUUGUUAUGCUGUCAUGCCACCUUUGGAACAGUUCAUGGAGGUUCCCAGUGGGCAGAAGAGAGAACUGUUUUUUCGAGAUCUUGAACGGGGAGAUGUUGUAAUUGGAAGGAUAACUUCUAUUCGUGACUUUGGAUUUUUUGUAGUUCUUAUCUCUAUGGGCAGUGGCAUUUUAAGAGAUAUAGAAACGCUAGAAAUAAGUGCAUUGUGUCCUGUAAGAGAUGUGCCUUCUCAGAGUAGCCACGGAGAUCCCUUGUCUUAUUAUCAAAUGGGAGACCUAAUCAAAGCUGCUGUAAAAGACAUUGACCGAUACCAUGAAAAAAUCACGUUGUCUUUGCAUAAGUCUUCACUGCCUACUCACCUGUCUAAUGUCAAGAUGGGAGUUAUGAGUUCUGAAGAUAUGCCUGAAUACUACAAGCAAAGUGCUUCUCGGUUCCGCAACAAUGACACAUAUGAAAAGGUGUUAAGGCAAUCAUUGGCAUUCACAAAUCCAUCCACUGUUGAAUUUCUUUUAAAUUCUCUUGGAAUUGUUGAGUCUAACCCACCGUCCUUAAUACGAGGCCUUCAGAGAGCAAAUUUCUGUGAUCAAGAUUAUGCUCCUUCCUUAAGGAAAAAGCAAUCGUCCUCUUGGGCGUUAAAGUGUGUGAAACAAGGUGUUGAUUACUUUAAGUGGGGUCGGCAUGUGGAUGCUAUGAACGAAUAUAACAAAGCAUUGGAGAUUGAUGCUAAAAAUGUUGAAGCUUUAGUAGCACGUGGUGCACUAUAUGCUACAAAAGGAAGUCUGAAUAAAGCAAUUGAUGACUUUGAAGUUGCUCUAGAAAGUUGUCCUACGCAUAAGAAUGCAAGAAAGUACCUUUGCCAAACCCUUGUGGAAAGAGGGAGACAGCUUGAAGAAGAAGAUAAACCUAUGAAUGCCGAAAGUUACUAUAGUAAAGCUUUGGCUAUAGACGAUACCUUUACGGAAGCUGAGGAGGCAUUGAACAAAGUGCGCCAGUGUAUACAGAAAUCUUUGGAUAAAAGAGAGAAAUCUGAUGAGAAGGAAGAGAAAGGCAAAGAAAAGAAAAUAGAAACAAGUGCAGAAAAACUGCGUAAACUACUAAGAGAAGAGAAAAGAAAGAAGAAACGUAAAAGAAGAUCUUCAUCUUUGUCUUCAAGUAGUUCUUCCUCAGACUCUUCUUCUUCGGAUACUUCUUCUGGCAGCCAUAAAAAAGAAAAAAAGAGGAAGAGACAUAGAAAGCAUUCAAAAUCAUCCAGCCAUUCAAAGAAGCCUUCUUCUAAUGUGCCAGCCCAUAACCAAGAGGAAGUAUGUACCCCUCCUGCAGACACCUCUGCCUCCUUUCUCAAACUUGACAGUCGUAGAGGUUAUGAAGAAAGGGAUAGACAGGGUCAGCGUAGAUCUCAAGAGGGUAAAACAAGGUAUCGUUCCUUGUCAUCUUCUUCCUUGGAAUUUAUAGAUCCUGGGGGAGGUAGGUCUGAAGAUUCAAGAGAUUCUUACAGCAGUGUAAAGACUCAGGCCAGCAGUGGAAUGUCCUACAGUACAGCUUCAGGUAGUAAGUACAAGUCUGAAAGGAGAGAUUCCACAGAUUCAUGCCUCAAAAGACCUGAAGGUAAAGAGAAAAUGUAUUGCUCUAAUCGACGUGAAGAAACACAAAAACCUUGCAGAAGCAAGACAGACUCUUUUCAGAGUAAAUAUCGGUCAGAGCAGGACAUCGGAGAAAGAAGGCCUAGUUGGAGUAGCAAUCGGUCUUCUCAAGAAAUUGCCCAAGUCAGCAGAAGAUCAUCUCAACCAGAAGAAACAGAAGGGAAUGACACAGCACAGAACAGUCAUUCAGCUGCUAAUAAGGCUUUGCCUGGGAAUUUAUUGAAUAUUCUCAAUCAGAUUGCUGAAUUUGAGAAGGAAAAAGGUGUUAAACAAAAAUGUAAAUAA